ACUUAUAUAAACCUCCCAUUCUAUGAUUACAUGUGCCGACAAGAGUAAAGUGCAGCGGGAAACAGUCAUGCCUGGAAUUCUGUUGGGAGACGUGUUCCCUAACUUUGAAGCAGAGACUACAAUCGGCAAGAUAAAAUUUCAUGAGUUCUUGGGAAAUUCAUGGGGUAUCUUGUUCUCACACCCACGUGACUUUACUCCAGUAUGUACGACUGAACUAGCCCGUGCUGCGAAGCUUCAUGAUGAGUUUAAGAAACGGGACGUGAAGAUGAUCGCACUGUCCAUCGACAGCGUGGAAGAUCACCGCAAAUGGAGUGAGGAUAUUAUGUCAUUUAACCAAGACAAAGCCUGCUGUCCCAUGCCGUUCCCCAUCAUAGCGGAUGACAAGAGGGAGUUAUCGGUCUUGCUGGGGAUGCUGGACCCUGAUGAGAGGGAUAAAGACGGGAUGCCCCUCACUGCCCGCUGUGUGUUUGUGGUGGGCCCUGAUAAGAGGCUGAAGCUGUCUAUUCUCUAUCCAGCCACCACGGGGCGCAAUUUCGAUGAGAUUCUCCGUGCUAUAGACUCUCUGCAGUUGACGGCAACAAAGAAGGUGGCCACACCUGUGGACUGGAAGCCUGGUGAAGAAGUCAUGGUCAUCCCUUCUCUCUCAGAUGAAGAUGCCAACAAGCUUUUCCCAGCUGGUUUCACCCUCAAAGAGGUGCCUUCUGGGAAAAAAUACAUUCGCUACACUAAACCAUAACUGAUAUAUGAUGGCAAUACAGUAGAAAUGGCACUUAACUGACAUCGUGUUUUAGUCCACUUGAUGUAUCGCCUUCUCUCACUUGACUUCUCCAUCACCUGCUACUAAUCAGAGACGAAUCAUCAGAAGUUAGUUCAGUGACGCAUCAUAAGGUCAUUACAUAUAAUAUAAUUAUUGUAUUGUGCCUUAAUUUCAAUAAAACCGUUCCUUUUGUAAUAUAAAAA